AUGGAAGACGAUAUCAGUGAUUCAGACAGAGCUUAAUAGUAAGCUUAAAAUAAAAAUAAAAAAUAGGUUGGUAAAAGCUAUGAGGGUAACAAAGGUUAAAAGAAUAAUAAUAGUAAUAAUAAUAACAACAAUCGCCAACAAAAUCAAAAUAAACAAGGCCACUAAGGUGGAAAUAAAUUGUAAAAAUAUGAUAAAAAUCCCUAGAUUUAGGAAUAAUAGAUUUCUUCUUAAGAUUCUGAAACAGAAAAAAUCAAAAACACUAAGGUUACCAAUGAAAAAAAUCCUGUUGAAAAGAAACAAGUUUAGCAGACUCAGAGAUAGCAAGUAGAAAAUUCCAGCGAGUCCAUAGAUAAUCAAUAAUAGAAUUAAAAAGGAGAAAAGAAAGAGAAUAAGCAAAACUUUAAAAAAGAAGCUAAAGAUGAGGGGGAAAGCUAACAAUAGAAUUAAAAUAAAGAGAAAAAAGAUGGAAAACCUUAGGGAAUAUGUAGGUUAUAUAAAGCUGGUAAAUGUUUUUAUGGUGAUAAAUGCAAAUUUCGUCAUGGAAAAGUUAAAGUAGGUCUUGAAAAACUAUGUAAGCUCUUUUUAGAUUAGGGAAAAUGCAAAUAUGAUAAAAAAUGUCAUUUUGUGCACAUGGCUAUGGAAGAGUGGGAAUAAAAGUAUCGCUAUAGCAAAAAUCCCAACGAAUAGCAGGAUGAAAGCAAUAAUAAGAAUAUCAGCAGUAGUGGUGAUGAUGAUGAUGUUUCUGAUGAAGAGAAGGAAAAGUUUGAAUACAAAAGUAAGAUGCAAAUUAAAAAAGAAAAAGCAGAGCGCUUAGCUCAAGAGCACAAAGCCCAUAAAGAAUUUGUAGCUAAUAUUGACAAGAACUCAACUAAGAAAAAUGUUACUUUCGUAAAUAAUUAGCCUGUUUAAGUUAAAGAUACAAAAGUUCCAGGAGUAGAAUACUUUGAUCCUGAUGACUUUGAUAAGGAUCUUAAAAUGAUGUAACAAGCCUCUCAGGCUUCUAAUGAAGUAGAAGCAGAAAAGAAAGAAAAGCCUUGGUUCGAUAUGGAAAUGAUAGAAGCUUUGAAACAGAAAAAAGAAGUUUAAAAUCCUCGUAAAUUUAAAUCCUGGAUAGACUACUCUAGGACAGAGCAAGGCAAGUUAACAGCUGAGUUGAAUAAUAGAUUAUUAUUUAAAAACGACUAUGCCGGUUUUGUGAAAUCUUUAAACGAUACAUACUCAAGAGACCUUGGGCAAAUCAUGAGAUAGUAUAUGAGUUCCUUCAAAUGGAUUUAAAAAAAUCACAUGUUUGAAAUCUUUUUCACUCCAACAUGCAAAAAAGAGAAUCUUCCUAUUAAUUUUGAUUUAAUUGAAGGCUACUUCCGUUUACGCAUAGCAUUGGAUGUGAAGGGAGCUGGUGCUAACACUUAAUAUCAAAUACUUAAUACAAGUAUCCCUGGAGAAAUCACAGAUUAGCUAGAUGAUCUUUUAAAUAACAUCCAUUAAUCUUAAGGAAAAAGCAUCUUCAGAACUCUUAAAUAUUUUGAUAAUAACAUGGAGAAAGUAUUUGUUGGCGCUUAUGAUUUGAUAAAGCUAUAAAAAGAUAGAGAAGAAGAGGAAGAAAGAUUAAAAAAAGAAGAAGAAGAAAAAUAGAAAUUACGAGAAUAGAAGAAAUUGGAAGAAGGAGACGACUAAGAAAAUAAUGGAGAAGGGGAAGAUGAUAAUGAAGAUGAAGGCGAAGAAGGAGAUUAUUAUGAAGGGGAGGACUAUGAUGAAGAAGAAGAAGAUCCUUACUUUAAUUAAAAUGAUGAAGAAAACAACGAUGACAGUAAUGAUGAAAAAGAAGAGGAAGAAGAGAAGAAAGACCCAACAGCUGAUUUAGAUUUAAACAUGCAUUGCUCUCUAAAAGAUCUCUAAAUGAGAAGAAUUGCUCACCUUAGGGUUUAAAGUUUAGUUGUCUAAGUUAAAUGCAAGUCAUGUAAAUAUGAUACUGAACUAACUCUUUGUAAUUACUUAGAUGGUUCUGGAGAGAGUGUUCUAGUAAAUAAUUUAAUAUGUGUCUCUUGCAAUAGAAUGGCUGCUAUCUACUGCAGCAGGGAAUUCGUUUGCAGUCCAGAUUUAAAUUUAGCAUUCCGUGUUGGCAGCUUUACAUGGCACAUUCUCGAUAUAAGGCAAGUCAGCUAUGUCGUUACUUGUGAAGGUUGUAACAGUACUAAAGUUGUUGAAAACUAUGUUACAGGAACUAAUCACUCCAGUGAUUGCCACUCAUGCUUUAAAAAUCUCUCAUUUAUUUACUUUGGCUUUAACAUAGAAAAGAAGAUAGACCAUGAAUAUUUAGCUAAGAAAAAAUCUAACAAAGUAAAGGAGCCAUCUACAACUACCUCAAUUCGUCCUAAGAAAGUUGGAACCUUCAAAUAAGGAGAACCUCUUCCUAAAAACGGAGCAUGCUCUCACUACAGACAUUCUUGUCGUUUCUUCCGUUUCCCUUGCUGUGGUAAAGCUUUCCCUUGUGAUAUAUGCCAUGACUAGUCUGAAAAGCAUGAAUAAAUUUUGGCAAAAACAAUGAUUUGUGGGUAUUGCAGCAAAGAGCAAAGCAUCAAAUAAGAAUGCAGUGGUUGCUAAAAAUUACUUGUUAGGAUAAAUUCUAAUAGUGGAUACUGGGAAGGAGGUAAAGGUACUAGAAAUCAAUAAUCAAUGAGCAGUAGGGAUAGCCACAAAUUCACUGGAUUGAGUAAAACUGUUUCAAGAAGAAAAAUAAAAAAAGAAAACAUGUAAAAAAAGUGA